AUGGUUUCACCCAUCACCAGCACGGCAGUGAUCCGCACGAAAUAUCCCCAGUCAGUGGCAGCAGGGCAGCCUGGGCAGGCUGCACAGUGGAUCUGUCUGCAUUCUUUCACAUUUAAAUCUGUUUGUGCAUGUACGAAGUUCGCAGACGAUGUCGACAAUGUCUACGCAAACAACGCGGUUGUAGUAGUGGUGACUGUGAAGACAUUUGAAGCCCCUCUGACCAGGAAGUCCCGCUCCAUCCUUCAGAUCAGUAACCAGGGCAGCCUCUACAACCUGGCCUACAAGUACAACUACGAUUACGCCGUGGUCUUUAACAUUGUCCUAUGGCUGAUGAUCGUGUUAGCUUUAGCCGUCAUCGUGAUCUCGUACAACCUCUGGAACAUGGAUCCUGGGUAUGACAGCAUCAUCUACAGGAUGACCAAUCAGAAGAUCCGACUGGACUGAUGACGUCACCCC